UAAAUACUAAAAUUAUCAAAUAAUGUCGUACAAUGACGACUUUGCCGAUGGCCUUCAGAAGAUGAGGGGAAGUGAAAAGUUCUGUGACGUUGUGCUCUUGACAGAAGAUGUGUCAAAGGGUGUGCCAAAGGUUGUGAAAUUUCCCUGUCAUAAAGUUGUUCUGGCCGCUCUGUCAGAAUACUUCGAGACGAUGUUUGACAGCCCCUUCAAGGAAGAACGUGAGAAAGAGAUAAAUAUUGAGUUAAGUCCAAAGCAAUGCGGGAAUCUUUUAGAUUUUAUCUACACUGGACAGGAGGUUUGGGAUACAGUUGACGAGGCCAUUGACAUGUUGCAUAUAUCACAGAUGUACCAAAUACAUUCUCUUAAAGAGCAAUGUUUGGAGUACUUGUUGAAAAAUAUCGACAAAAAGUAUUGCAUUCGUAUGUGGGAGGUAGCGAAAUUGUUAGAAUUAAAAGAUUUAGAAGAAAAAUCGAGUGUAAUUAUUUCAAAAGAAUUUGCACUGGUGUCUGUUACGGAGGAAUUUCUGGAGUUAAAUCGUGUAGAUUUUAUUGUGGAGUUACUGGAAAAAAGAGAUUUGAAUGCUCAAGAGGAAACUAUUGUAAAAGCAGGGCUGAGUUGGAUCGAGAGCGACUUCGAAAACCGAGAGGUUUACUCCAGGGAUAUAUGUCAAGCACUGCAGACAAAUCGUACUUUAUUGAAAAGCUUAGUAACUGAUGAAAACUUUCCUCAAUUAAAUGAAAGUGAUGUCUUCAGAAGUGCUAUGGAUACCGAUAUAAUAUAUGCCAGAUCUAAAGAAGAUCGAAAUCGAGGCUCAGUGAGACUGGAUAUAGAAGAAUGCUUUGUAAUAUUGGGAGGAAACGAUGAGGGGAGCAAUAGAAACGUCAUCUGCUUUGGUUUUCGUCAGAAAAAAUGGUUAACACUUCCUCCCAUUCCGUAUGAUCCCAAGUUGUAUUUCUCAGUGUGCACCCACGAGUCCAAGAUUUACGUGUCGGGAGGUUUUGGAAAAGGAUCGGGGUUUUGCGUGUACGAUGGUGAAAACAAUGCUUGGAGUCUGCUUCCUGAUCUAAUAUCUCCAAGACAAAACCAUUGCAUGGCGUCUUCCUGUGGAAAAAUUGUUAUCCUUGGUGGCACCGAUGCAAAAAACAACUCGAAAUUUAUAAAGGAAAUUGACGUCUUUGAUACUGCAACCAAUCGCUGGAGUGAGACCAGAACAACUCUUGAUCAAGAAGUAAGAUCCAGUGCCUCUUGCGUCCUUGAUGACAAAAUUUUCCUUAUCGGAGGAUUUUGUCCAAAUAACAGAAAGGCAGAAAAACUUCAGUACUAUGAUAUGAGCGCUGGCUAUUCUGUUUUAUAUCGGUGGUGUACAAUUCCAGAACAAAUUCGACUCCAGGCACGAGCAGUUGUAGUAAACAACACUCUGUUUAUCAUCUCUAAGGAGGGUGUAGUUUUCAGCUUAAAAAGAAAUCGGGGAGACUACUCUUUUGAUAGAAAAGGCAACAUCUUGCAGUUUCCAAGAAAAGGCUUUGGUGUAUGUGAAUUUGACGGGAGAAUUCUUAUCGUGGGAGGAGAGAAGGAUCUCUCAAAAACCAAAGACAUGAUACAAUACAAACCAGAGGAAAACUUCACAUUUAUGAUGGAGGAGACCUUGCCUUUAUCUAUGAGCAAUUUUUACUACGGUCGUGUAUCUGUGAAGCGAGAAUAUCUUACAAAUGAAUGUGAAAAUCAGUUAAUGCCAAGCUAAUGAAUCAUGUGUUCCUCAUAUAAGAAAAUGUUAAAUGUACAACAGCUUAAUUAAGCGAUGCAGUUCUCGAAAUGUAUGGACAUGUACUUAUAAGUAAUUUUUUUCUAAAUAUAUAAUGACUUUAAC